CAAAUAUAUAAUCUUUCAUUCAUUUUUCUCAAGAAAAACAUUCGAUCUUGAACAUUAAAUGGAAAAUACAAAGAGAAAGAAAUCAACAAACAAAGCAACACCCACGGCGGAAUUCUUCAAGGAAAAGCAGAUCCAGAUCUGAUGGGAGGGAUCCCACCCACGAGACCAGGCUCCCAUCGUCCCCUUCACCACCGUUCCCAGAAGGCUCCUCUGUUCAGAAAUUACCUAAAGUAGAAGCAAACACAGAGAAAUUAGCCUCCCUUUCAACCGCCGUCAGCACCAAGCUCAAGCCAAAGAAAAACCCCUUCUAUUGCUCUCGAAGCUCAGCCGAAACUCCCCAACAAAACAGACCCAAAAUCAACCAACCCCCUAAAAUCAAUACCGACCUCUCCUCUCUAUCAAACUUCAAAAAAACUAACCAACCCCCUUUUCAAUCUGAUUUUUCUCUAUAUAUAUACCCGAAUAAAAGAUAAAAAUAAUAAAAAAGCCUUGCUCUGUCAAUCAAUAAUGAUGAAGAUUUUCUGGCAUGUACUGUAGCGAGCAGAGGCAGGGGCAUGGCUCGGUGCAGAGGGCAUGAUUGCUGGCGCAGAGUGCAGGCGUGCAAGCAACGCGGGUUCGGCACAGCAGGCGGCAAGGGGAUUUGGUGCAGAGGAAGGCUGGCGCAGUGCAGGGGCGAGAUUGAUGCAGAUUCGGUGCAGAGCAGGUGCAGGAGUGAUGAUUGCGCGAGAUCUGGGCGCAGGAGGCACGUCGGGCGCAGAGCAGGGAGCAAGGGCGCAGGCUGGUGCAGGGGCGAGGCUCGGGCGUGCAGAGCUCGGUGCAGAGCUCGGCGUGCGAGGGGGCGAUGAUGGCUCGGUGCAGAGGAGCUGGGCGCAGUGCAGAGGAUCUGGGCUGAUUCGGGAGAGAGAAAAGUAAAAGUAAAAGUAAAAAUGAAAGAAGGGGGUUCUGGAGAAAAAAAAGAUUUUUUUCUUUUUUUUUUUUGGUUAAAUGGGUUUGGUAUUUGGGCUUGGGUUUGGGUAAUUGUGGGUUUUGGGUUGUUGGUAGGCUUUGGGUUUUGGGUAAUUGGGCUUUGGUUUGGGUUUGAUGGGUUUUGGGCUAGACUUUGCAUUUCACCCCUCCAACUUUUAAUUUCUUCAAUUGAGUCCCUUCUUUCUUUUUCAGGAAUUUUCCAAUUUCCUUUUGCAUGUAGCACCUGAAACAAAAUAAAGAUAUAUUAGUCAA